AUGUCUGAUAUACCACCACAAGGCCCAUUAGAUACUAUACCAAAGACGAAUUAUCCGCCACUUUUAACGCCAGCAAAUUAUUAUUCUAUCAAGCAAAUGAUUGAACAAAUUAUCUCAGAAGAUCAAGACUAUGUAUCGUGGAAAAUUAAAGAUCUCAGAACUGGCGGAACUAUGAAUACUUUUGUUCCUUCUGAUAUAAUACACUAUAAACCUCUUCGAAAGAAACAAAUUAAAAUACCCUCUACUACCAUUACCAGCACUAAUAAUCAGAUAACAACAACAGGUGAUAAAAUAAAUAAAGUACCUCAAGGGCUGACAUUUAUUCGGGACAUAUAUGAAAAUCAAAGGAAUGAAGAAUUUGAAGAAUUACAACCUAUUGAGGAAUUAAGUUUUGAAGACCAGUUUAAGUUAUUAAUAUUAAAUUUGGAUGAUGACCAAAAUAGUCGAUUUGAAGUGUUUCACAGAACAUCGUUGAAUAAAAAUCAAGUUAAAAGAUUAGCUAGUCUUGUCUGUGGACAGAAUAUAACUGAGAAUAUUAGGGUUUUCUUACAAGCAAUUGGUAAAGUGUUUGCUGGUGAGAUUAUUGAAUUGACUUUGGAAGUUAGAAAGAAAUGGUUCAUAAAUUAUAUGAUUUGUCAAUUUGAUAAAAGAAAGAUAAUUGGUCAUAGAUUAAAGAAAUAUUUAAAAAAAUUGACUAUAUUAGUAGAAAGAUUAACACUUGAUAAAAAUAUUAAGAGUGAUUCUGAUAACUAUCAUACUACUACUAAUAGUAAUAAUAGUAGCAGUAAUAGCGGUAAUAAUCAUUUGCUUACAACUUUAGAACAAGAUGAAAACGACGAUAUUAACAUAAACGAAAGCGAUGAAUAUUUUGACGACGAAGAAGAUAAUAUGAAAGAGAUUCAAAAGGGCAAUAAAUUAUUAAAAGAAGAUAACAAGAAUACAAAUGAAAUUAGAGUAGGCCUGAUUGAUCAAUAUAAUAAAUUAGUUAAACAGUUUAAUUCAACGGAUGUCAGUAUAGAAAGGUAUAAUAAUAGCCCAAUUUUACCUGAACAUAUUAGAGAAGCAUGGCGACUAUACCAACUACAGAGUGAUAAACAUGUUUCAGGACAGUGGAGAUUUAAAGGUGAAGCAAACGGUGAAUUGUUUCGUUAA